CGCCAUUACGAUGGACCGCGAAGGUCUGACCUCGGCCUUCGCAUCUUUGUGUUUGAACGUCAUCCACGUGUAUCGAUGGGUCCUUGGUGGCAUCUGCCCGCCUCCCAUUGACGUCGGCACUGAUCGGACCGCGAUUGAAAUGUCCUUCGUCACCCGUCAAACCCAGCGUCGCUCAGUCAUGACCAUGACUGACUUCGAUAGUACCGACCGACGAAGUACAGCAGACCAGUCGGUCACUCCCCUCUACUUGCACCCGCCCCCCCCACACCAUCAGCAUCCUCCUCCCCCUGGUGACACCAAGCCCCCAUCGAAACCGCGCAUGCCCAUGCUGCAAACGUACGAGCGGGGCCAAAAGUACCAACUCAAGCUGCAGGAAAAGAUCAAAACGUGGCAAACGCUGGCCGCCAAGCAGCGGGUAUUCAAAGCCACGCCCCUUCCAAAACAAUACAAGUACACCAAAGGCAGAAACACGUCGAAUGGAGACGCGGCGGCGGCAGGUUCCGGGCGGCGAUCGCUGCCCGAUGAAAAGACGAAAAUCGAGGCCGAGAAGAAGCAGUUGUCGGAGGACAUGCUGCUGCUGCUCAACGCCCUGGCCAAAUCCCACAAACAAAUCGCCCCCCAAGUUGUUCCUGUGGAGAGGAGCUGAUAAACUGUAAAUAACGUUACUGUAACGUUACUACUACGUAGUACUAGUAGUACAGUGUACUACUACUGUACUACUAGUAGUAUGGAGUACUUACAGUUAGCAUUUCUGAGCAACCUGAUGACUCAAGUUACAUACAGACACCGC